AUGCCCGCCCCGUCGCCCCUCGCCAUCACCACCAGCUCCGUGCAGCGCCUGCUCAAGGAGGAAGCCUCGUACCACAAGGAGCUGGCCGAGCAGCAGAAGACGGUCCAGGAUCUCGAGGCGAAGCUCAAGGCCGGUGGCGCCGACGACGACGGCAACGAGGCCUUUAUGCUGAAGCAGCAGCAAACUGCCAUUGAGCAGACAAAGGCCGUCUUUGGGCCGCUCAAGCAGCGCAUCGCUGACGCGGUCGCGAAGCUCGAGGACCAGCUCCAGGCUGCCGAGCAGCAGGCCGCCGCCCCCGAGGGCGAGGUCGCCCAUGCCAGGACGGUGCUCGCGCAGGCCAAGGCGGUGGCGGUGGCUGCCUAG